AUAUUAGGGAAGGGGCCGCCCAAAUCGGGUCCACAUUAUCGUUCUCAUCUAUAAUUCUAUCCACCUGCUGACCUAACAAAAAGAGCAGGUCCCACAUUCAUCCCAAACAACAAAUUGUUGGGCCUCGUGGGGCCCAAUUACACUCGUCAUUGUUAUCUGAUUCCUCAAAUAGAAAAGAAAAAAAAAAAAAAAAACCUUUUCGUCUCUAUCGUAUAUAUACUCGGCCACUUCAAUCGGAGCCGAUUCUCGGCGAUUAAUCCCCCGAAAAACCCGCUCCAUUCAAACCAUUUACCUUCUUUCUUUCCAUUACUGUCCGUACGCAAAAACAUACGCGCGACUUUCUUAAAACACGAAUGAGGUGAGAAGAAAUUCUAAAUCUGGGAUUGGGUUUGGGUUCCAUGGUGGUGGAUCUCUGACCGAAUUCACACGAUCGGAGUUGGUUUAAGAGAGAUUGAGGAGGAGGAGGAGAAGAUGGGAAAUGCCAACGGUCGAGAGGAUGGAAUCGACGGAGAGAACGACGAUCAUCUUAAUAAUCAACAUCCUUCUGUGGGAAGAUCCAACGGCGAAUUGGCGGUGCGUGAUAACAACGCGCCCCGUACGGGACGUGUGGCUUCCUCCGAGUUCAUGGCCAACACCACUCCUCCUGGGAGUCCCAGGCGUUCCGUAUCCCCGAUCUUAUUCGCUUCUCAGGUUCCUGUAGCUCCUCUGCAACGAGGUGAUGGCACUUCUGUUUUCCCUCAAAGCUGGAACAAUGAAACUCUUGAAGUUGGUGAUCAUCCUCCUGAGAAAGCAAUUCCUGCUAUGAUUACAUGGACAUAUGGCGGUAACAGUGUGGCUGUUGAAGGAUCCUGGGACAACUGGACAUCUAGGAGAAUUUUGCAAAGAUCUGGUAAGGAUUUCGCUGUUCUUUUAGUGCUGCCAGCUGGUAUCUACCAUUACAAGCUCAUUGUUGAUGGAGAAUGGAGAUACAUCCCAGAACUUCCUUUCAUAGCAGAUGAAUCUGGUGUUGUCUGUAAUCUUCUUGAGGUUAAUGAUUAUGUACCAGAAAAUCUGGAGAGUGUUGCUGAGUUUGAGGCACCUCCAUCCCCAGAAUCUAGCUAUGGUCAAGUAUUUCCAGCUGAGGAAGAUUUCGCAAAGGAGCCGGUGAUUGUUCCAUCUCACCUUCAUCUAACUGUUCUUGGUAUGGAUAGACCUAAUGAAGCUUCUUCUUCUUCUCCUUCCUCACCUCCUAAGCCUCAACAUGUUGUUCUUAACCACGUCUUUAUAGAGAAAGGUUGGCCUUCCCAGUCUGUGGUUGCCCUGGGAUUAACCCAUAGGUUUCAGUCCAAAUAUGUUACUGUUGUCCUCUAUAAGCCCCUCCAAAAGUAAGUUAUCCCGUUUUUCGAAACUUACCUCUGUAAAGAAAUCUGUUAGAAAUGCAUUGUCCACAUAAAUCUGUGAAGCUAAUAGUUCGCGUUUUUAGAACAAACAAAUUUCGUGUCGUGUUUUUACUGCAAUGCUUGAUAGUUUUUUUUACUUAUGUUUUUCUUCUAAUUGGAUUUCUGUGUGUCCUUUCUACCAAUUGUAAAAGUGUUUUCGGGUCUUAGCUUACAUGCACUUUUUUGCUCUCUUUCCUUAUUAUUUAUUUUACGGGGACACAACAAUACUAUGAAGAAAGGAAUUGCGUUCAGAAAUGCUUUGAACAAAUGUAUUAAUGCUAUCAGAGCCUAUUGUGCCUUGAAUCGAUACCUGCUAACAGAUUGUUCAAAAGCUCAGCUCGAAGAACUAACGGUGUUAUAAGAAUGUAAGUAAAAAUAAUUCACAUUGAUUUAUUUAUUUUUGCUUUUUGAUGCCACACCUAAGUUUUUCUAGUCCAGUAAAAGGGUUUCAAUCCUGACAUGGGUUUUGUUUUUUUUGCUUUUUUUUUUUUUCUAUCCUGUUUUUAAAUAUAUAUUUUAAGUCAAAUUGAGAAAUACUCAUGUAUGUUAUAGAAUGUGGUUAACAGUGCUGUUGUUGUUCUUGUAGUUUCAAGUUUCCAUUUAGAAUCCCUAUAAAAGAUUUGUAAGGUGAAAGAAAAUUCUGACCGAAUAUUUCCAACCACCAUAACUGUUGUUAAUAUUUCAAAGGGAAAGCAUUGGUAUACCCCUAGGUUGGCCAUGCAAUAAAAUUAUCUGAAGUUAUUUUUAUUAUAUGGAAUAUAAUCUGUGUAUUUGGUUGGUCAUUUAAAACAUACCAGAAUUCAUACAGCAUAGCAUAUCGAAGCAAAUAUAUGGGUGUUGAAAAGUACAUAGUAGGAGCCAUACCAUCAAAGAUGAUAGACAUGAUCUAAUAUUUUACUUGUUUAGAGGAACAAACAAUCACGUGCUCGAUUUCUACGGCUACCUUUCUUGCGAUCUGAUGAACCCGACCUUGAUUUUCUCACCUCUUCCAUCCUCUUCUGCCUUUUUCUGCAAAUAAUAUAUCAAUAGUUAGCCAAUUCUUACAACAAUUUUUUUUUCUUCUUUUCUUUUGCCUCUGUUAGUAUAAGUUUAGGUGCAUUUUCGAUGAAAAAUAAAAAAAAUAAAAAGUGAAGGGAAAGGUGCGAAUUAUAUUUGUGUGAAUUGGUUAUGUAAUUUAUGAAUGAUGAACAAUCUUGUUUUGUUUUCUUAAGAUAAGACCAAUAAAGGGAAGGAAUUAAAAAAGUGAACGUGGUUAUGUGAACUCUGCAAAGAUUUAGAAACUUGAAAUUUUUCUGAGCUAUUGGGAAAUACACACCUUGAAUUUCGAUAAGCCAUCAAACGAUUAGAUAUAGGAACUGCUUAAUAAACCAAGCAGUAUAUUUUUUGAAAAACACGCAAGAAAGUGUUAAGAAAUGAUCAAAUAAGCAAAUGUUAAUUGGCAUAGAAUAAAGACCCAUAGAAGAAGGGAUGUUAAAGAUGUUAAUAAAGUGUAUAGAAUGCAUGUAAUGGGAAAAAGAAUUAUAAGGAAAGCAUUAUAUAAGAUAGCUGGCGGCCUAAAUUCUCAAUUCCCAAACUGCGACAAUAAGAAUAAGAGACUUCCAGUACAAAUUAUAGUGUUGUCUAAAGAUUAGGUACAUAUUCUCAACUCCACUUUGUAAAGCUAAUUACCAAGUUUGUGGACGUGCACAUAUAACAUUCCUAAAAAUAUUAUUCUCUGAACUUUUGAGAUAACAAGAAAUUCUAGUGACACUAGAAUCCUUUUAGAAUAAAAUACAAAAUUCAUACUAAGUUUUAGUAAAACUGGUAAAAACUAGAAAAUUGUAACAUUUGAAGUAUCAUUAGCACCAAAACUUUCUCAUGUUUUACUCGUAUACGAACAAUGUGGUAAAUAGUUUUUCCUUUUAAAAUGUUUCACUUUAUCAUUCUUUGUUUUAUUAUUCAUAUUUCUUUGUUUGUUUUCAGUAUAUUGAAAAGAAUUCCUUUUAUAUUUCAAAAUAAUUUCUUAAAUGACUUUAGCAUCUGUAAAGCAAAUGACAGCCACAACCAAUGAAUCACACAGAUGAAAUCUACUAAAAUAUUUAGACUUCUAUGUCCCACUCUAAAGUUAUUCCAGAAAAUUUAACGAAUAAUAAACCUUUUUUUUUUUUUUUUGAAAUGGGAAUAAUAAAACCAUUUGAAAAUUUCUAUUUUACAAUAUUAUUAGAAGAUGCCAUUUUUAUUUUCUUUUGAAAGAAAAAGAUGCCGAUUCUAAGCACUUCAACCGCAUUGCAAAAAAAAAAAAAAAGAGAAAAAGAAAAGAGAGAGGAAGGAACGUUCUCGUUCUCAGUCAGAUUGAGAAUACAAGUUGGGGUUUGACCGAGUUAUUAUAACGACAAUGAUCGAAACCUAAUUUGGUUAGAAUUAAAGUUUGAUUAAAUCACAAAUUAAUAACAAAAGUGACAGUUAUGAAAUCUCCUAAGGUAACUACUAAGCUAAUAAUACCCAAAACUGUACUAAAGUAAAACGAAGGUACCAAAUAUGGACAACACAGUCGAUAAUAGUUUCACUUGAUAAUCGUUUCAACUUCCAAAGAUAAACUGAAAAAACAGAAACAUAUUACCGGUUUGAAGCUCUUCCAUGCAUAUGACCAGAAGUUGCACACCUCUUUUUCCCAUUUUGCUUAAUACGAGACACUAUGUUCUAUUAAAUUAAUUUCAGUAAAUUUCUUGAUAAUUGAUUUUGAAGUGGACGAAAACGGUUAGUUACUUACUUUUUCAAAAAAAAACAUUCAUUUCAAAGUUUAAACAUGCUAUUUAUAUAGAAAAGAUACAAUCACGUAUGUUUCCAUAACCUGGUGGUUGUGAUGGGAUUAAAAGGAGUAGACAUGUUAUAUCAUAAAAUCAGAGAUACAAAGUUUAAAGAAUAUUGACGAUAAAAGUCAACCCAUAAGCAAAAUCAUCAGAUUCACCCCAAUUGUUCUAGGUUUCACAAUAAUACCAAAGGUAGAGAAAGACUGGCAUACAAAAUUUAAAAAAAGACUACCAAACAAACUAGUGAAUAGACACCAAACAGGCAAAAACAACUAAAGAAAACAGUACCAUAAAAUAAUGCAAACAAGGAAAGAGAUAAUAAUCAACCAGCCAAAGCUAGUACCCUGAAUGAUGAUGUCUCGGCAAAUAGAAAUCUCAUUAAACUUAUCUGCCCUGUUCCCCUUUUUUUUUUUUUAAUGUUUAUACUAAUAAAUGUUGAGUUUUUUUAGUUAAUGGGGGUCCUCACUUGGCCAUCAUGACUUUGACAAACUCCUCGUAGUUGAUCUGACCAUCACCGUCAACAUCUGCCUCGCGGAUCAUCUCAUCAACUUCCUCAUCAGUCAGCUUCUCACCAAGAUUUGUCAUGACAUGGCGGAGCUCAGCUGCAGAAAUGAAGCCAUUCUGGUCCUUGUCGAAGACACGGAAAGCUUCCUUGAGCUCCUCCUCAGAGUCUGUGUCCUUCAUCUUCCUUGCCAUCAGGUUAAGGAACUCAGGGAAAUCAAUGGUACCGUUACCAUCAGCAUCAACCUCGUUGAUCAUAUCCUGAAGCUCAGCCUCAGUUGGGUUCUGUCCAAGAGAUCGCAUGACAGUUCCAAGCUCCUUGGUGGUGAUGCAACC